ACUUGUUGAAACUUGUUGACACUAGAGGGCGCAAUUCAUGAUGAAGAAACUUCUUCGAAACUGACGUUCACGACAAUUAAUGCAAUUUCUUAAUUUUGAUGAACAUGGAUACUUCUACGUCCGGUUCAUGCGGAGCAAGGUUUGCAAAGCUAGAGGACUAUCUGUGCCACCAAAAACCUCCAUGCAAUGACGGCCAGGAAUUCAAUUCCACAGAAUUGGAAAAGUCGUCUAGUUUGGUGCUGGGUGAGGGUGACCAGACCAUAGCUUCAGACGAGAACGCUGUCAUUGUGAGCACCGAGACUGACACAGUCACACUCCAGGAAGCUUUGGACGAGACGGAAGAUGGGUUGCAGAAACAGGAACAAAGCGGACACAAUGCAGUUUUACCUGAGCCAGAGACAGAACUGGGGACCAUUUUCAUCUGCAAGGAGUGUAACAGAUACACAGCCAUCCUCGCAGAUCUCAAGAAACACCUGCUGGAAUUGCACAAUAUACCCCUGGACUCGGAAGGUGAUAUUUUACGCGUGCUGCCCCUUAAUUCGCUGGUCAGAAGAAAAGAUGUGGACAAAAACUCAGUGCCGAGAGAGAAGAGGAAAAGGGGGCGGCCAAAAAAAUAUCCCGGGAAAAACGUUGAUAUUCCUUUCACCAAGACUGGGCAAGUGAUGCUGGAAGAUUCAGAAGAACUUGCUGUUAUGAUGACAGCCACGACGGAAGAAAAAUCAAACAUUGGAAGUGGCGAAGGGGCACACCGUACAAAGAGGGGGCGACCGAGAAAGACAGAGGAACAGAGAGAACAAGAGAAGCAGAUGAUGAUUGAGAGGAUACAAAAGGAGUUGGAAUGUGAGAGGAGUCAGACGUCAGAGGAGAAAAUAUGUCUGACCUGCGGAAGGGAAUUUGCGAGGGCACGUCAACUCAAGAGCCAUCGCUGCCAGGGUGGGGAUCCCGAAAGCAAAAGCGACGCUGACGGUGAAGAUGAUGGUUUGGCCACACAAAACAUAGAGAGUCUCUGCAAUGGAGGGCCUGGAAUGGAUCUCCCUAACUUUGACCUUGGGAAAAUACCCGAGAGGCUGGACUUAACUGAACGCACGAUCCCACAGACCCUCAACGACAAGGCCUUACCGGACUUGCGGAUCAACAAAUCCCAAGCCCUGAAAGUUUACACCUGUCCUGUAUGCAGGAAGGUCUACAAGACCAAGCCCAGCCUACUCGUACACUUGUCUACUCACACUAAGGAGAAACCCUUCAAGUGCAGCGAGUGUAGUUACAGCUCUUCUGUCAAGAGUAACUUGAAGAUCCACAUGAGGAAGCACACUAACGAACGGCUGCACUGCGACGUCUGCAACUACAGCUGCAUCAGCAAAGGCAACUUGAAAAAACACAAGAGCACGCACGGCCCCAAGCAGACCCCUAUUUACUGCAGGCUGUGCAGUCGUCGGGCCUACACGCACACUCACCUGCUACGCCACUUGGAGUCGGAGCACGACAUCCAGUCUGAUUCGAUGGCUAAACGUUACUACGAGGAGCAGAAAUUAAAAUGUCGAGUUGGCCAACGGAAUCUACUCUACCAGUGCCACGUCUGCAAUCGUAAAUUCAAAGACAGACGAUCCCAUGAUGCACAUGUGCUGUUGCAUCGACCCACAAAGCCUUUCAAGUGUGCAUUGUGCCCUUACGCGUCUGUCAGGUACGAUGCCAUUGAAGUGCAUGCCAAGAGGCACUGGUUUAUUUACACCUGCCAUUUAUGUCGCGCUAAAGUCUUGAGCGUUGAGCUCCUAAAAACUCAUUUGCAUACGCAUGAAAUUCCAGAUGGUUCGAGCCAAGACGGCUUACUGGAGCAGAGCAUCAGGACAAGUAUGUACCAGACCGAUCCCAUAGAGAAAGAAUUGGUGAAUGAGCACAACAGAAGGAAUGGACUUGCAUUGGAAGGGAGGAACGAAAAGAGUCCUCACACAGAAAACUUUCAAGGAGACCAGGCGAAUGACAUGGGGAAGCAAACUGAAUUCCUCAAGACGGAAUACUUCAAAGUUCUGAGUACAUCAGCCGUUGACUCGUCAGAAUUGCAGGAAAUCAGUGAAGCGUUCGCCAAGCUUAACUUCAAGAAAUUAAGCUUGGACUUGCUCAGGGAGAUUCAUGCUUUAUACGGCGACAACGAGUGUCCUGUCUGUGGUAAGCUAUUCCGCUACCGUGCUCAGCUUAAAGUUCAUGAGAAGACGCACGAAGAUGAGAAAAACUUCAAGUGUAAUCUUUGCCAAUACUCGUCACACACCAAGCAAGGAUUGAAGAGGCAUGUGGAUACGGUCCAUGUCGGGACAAGGUUGAAGUGUCCGACAUGUGACUUUGAGACCACAAGCAGCACCUACCUGUUGGCACAUCGGAAGAAGCAGCACAUGGACUCUGAGGUUUUUCAAUGCACUCAGUGUGAUAUGUCUACGGCUAGCGAGAGAGAGAUGAAAGAUCACAUAGCAGCUCAUCAUGCUGAGCUGCCCAAGUCAGAGCUGGAGAAGAUCAUGGGAAAACACAUCCACAUCCGUAGCCGAUCUGGCAGUGUAGCGAGCCACCGGUGUAGGCUCUGUGGUGAAGUCUUCAGAAGGGUCUGCGAUCUGCGUCGCCACCUCUGGUUCCACAGCGGCACCAACCCUUACAAGUGCCGGUUGUGCAGGUUUGUGGCUCGCACCGCGCAAAACCUGCAGAUCCACAUGCUCAAGCACUCAAAUGCCCGGAUGCAUCUGUGCCACCACUGCGGCAAGAUGUUCAAGAUGAAGAGCGCCCUCAAGGCUCACUGCAUGUCGCAGCACCCAGCAGACAAACUAGUCAGCUGUCCUCACUGCCAGUUCACGACCAACAACGAGAGCCUCUUGCAGCGCCACAUGGGUGUCCACGUUAACCUGCCCUCCCAAACAUUCCGCUGCUUCCAGUGUACACAGUAUACAGACAGCAAAGACACCCUGCGAGAACAUUACCAACAAGACCAUCCAGACACUCCUUUUGAAGAGAGUCUUUCUUAUGAAGUCCCGGAAGAGAAAAUCACAACCCUCAACAUCAGCAUCAACCACAAGGACGGAGUCUUGCAGUACAAGUGCAGCCAGUGUGACGUUCUCCUCGUCAACAAUGGUGAGUUGGGACAGCACCUACGUGACGUCCACGGCCUUGCGAUCACCAGCAUCGCUGAGGGGGAGGGAGGGGAGAUGGACCCAGAGCAGCUUGCCACUGGGAAUCUCACAGGCCAGGCAGACUUGAAUGGUCUCACUCAGGAAUCACACACUGUACAACUAGCCGAUCAUGCAGAGGAUGAGAGCACCAGUGCUAUGCAGUUACUUCAACAUAUCAUCGAUAUACAGAAAAUAGCUGAAGCAGACAGAGCCAUAGGUGACACCAACCAGGCACAGCCAUACACUGCAGAAGAUAACAAUCAGGGGAGUGAACAUGACAGGAUCCCAGAAUCCAUUACUGCAGUUAACUACUUGACUGCAUCAGAGAACCUGACUGACACACAUGGUGACGGUUACACCCAUCAGAGUCAACCCAACCUACAAGUUAUAGAGAGUUGUCAAGUGAUUGGCCAGCCCAUCCAGCAUGAUGGGUCAUCUGAGGACAUUCCAGUUGCUGUCUUUGAGCAGGAGGUCGCGGACGGGGUCACGCUGGAGCCUGAGGGUCACAUAACCUACAUUCUGUCUGAGGAGCAGCAACCGUCUUGAUUAAUUUGGAAGCUUGACCAUUGUGAUAUUCAUCAGUAUAAAGUAGAAAGAUGUGUGUGCUUUAUGACUCUGGCAUGGGCGUGUCCUGAUAAUAUUUUAGCAUUGAGGAACUGGGAGUGGCUAGAUCAUGGAAGGGAGGGGCAGGGUGGGGCAGAGAGAUAAACCCCACCCAUUUGUUGAAAUUAGUUUAUCUGAAGUGCUAAAUUGCCUGUUAUUAAAAUUUUGGCGAAUUUUGGCCCACACAUUUUAGUAUGCAAACCCCUACAUUUGUACUCCACUCCGUUUUGGUAAUUUUAUUCCGCUUUUUCAAAACAUUUUGGAUCCCCCUUUCACUGUCAAGUUGUGGAUGAUCUAAUUCUUUUGAAUGGACUGACAUGAAAUUUCCUACUUGAAGAUCUGUAAAGACAGUCUCCUUUCAUAUAUAGCAAUGAUGGCAAAGAAACACGGGGUGGGGAGGGCACAGACCUCUGAGCAGGAGGCUUGCCCUCUGUGACUCCCUCUUCCUUUGGAGCACUCCAAUAGCAACUUGAUUGUUCAAGUUUGGAGAUAAUGUGAAAACCUGAUUUGCAGGCUCUUCCUAAUUAGAAAACUCUUUCAAAAUUGUGAAUAGGUGAUUCUGAUUUAAGAACAAUAAAAUGUUGGAAGUUAUCCAAACUUGGAAGUUA